UCCAUUGUUGAUUGUUCAUGCGAUCUUGUGCUAAUAUAUUCUUAGCAUCCGAUCAGCUGUGUUUUGUUUUCUUUUGACGAGGCCAUCUUUUUUGAGAUAUUUUUAAACAAUACACUUACCUACAUAUGUUACAUACAUACCUAGUUAAAUUAAUAUAAUUACUUGCGAGGUACCAAUAUGAACGAACUUAAAUCUUUAGAGCACGCUACACUUAAGGUACCUUAUGAGGUAUUUAACAAAAAAUACCGCAAUGCUCAAAGAGUGCUUGAUGUAGAAGCGAGACAAGUGGCUUCUGCCGCGGGUGACCUCGAUGCCACAGUCAAGAGGGGAUCUACAGCUGGUGAAAUUGAAACGUUACUUGAUGGAAUGGUCGAGAAGUUAACGACGAUGAAACGUAAAGCGUCCGAGUCCACGUGUGAGGAGCUGCAGGCCGCGCUCGUCUGCAAGAAACGACUUGAACAUCUGAAGGAGCAGGCGGAGGCCAUGGCGGAACCUAACGCACCACACAAUAAAAGUUCCAUGAACCAGUGGCGCCGCGUGCGUCUGGACCGCAUGCUGGUGGACUACUUCCUGCGAAACGGAUACUACGAGUCAGCCCACCAGCUGGCAGACGCGCGAUCUCUCCGGGACCUCACCAACGUCGACAUAUACGCCAGCGCGGCGGAGGUGGAGGCGGAGCUAAAGCUGCGACGCACGGCGCGCUGCCUGCAGUGGUGCGCCGAGAACAGAUCCAAGCUGCGCAAGCUGAACUCCAACAUGGAGUUCAACAUUCGCAUACAGGAGUUUAUCGAGCUGGUGCGCGAGGAGCGGCGCCUGGAGGCGGUUCGCUACGCCAAGAAGCACUUCUCCACCUAUGAGGAGGGCCAGCUGCACGACAUCCAGCACUGCAUGGGCAUGCUGGCCUUCCCCGGAGACACUGAUGUGGAGCCGUACCGGGCGCUGCUCGGUACGUGCCGGUGGGGCUCGCUGGUGGCUCAGUUCCGCUGGGAGCACGCGCGGCUGCUGCACCCCGCGCCGCGGCCCGCGCUGCCCGUGGCGCUGCAGCUGGGACUUGCGGCGCUGCACACGCCGCAGUGCGGCCGCCCGCCCGCUCCCGCCUGUCCCGCGUGCCAGCCCCCGCUCGCAACGCUAGCGGCGUCGCUGCCGCACGCGCACUGCUCGCACUCGCGGCUCGUGUGCCGACUGUCGGGCGCACCGCUCAAUGAGCACAAUCAGCCCAUGGUGCUGCCCAACGGACAGGUGUACGGCGAGAAGGCGCUGAAGGAGAUGAUGAAGGAGCACGGUUCAAUAAUUUGUCCGAAAACGAAGGAAGUGUUCUGUAUGAAGCGCGUGGAGAAGGUGUACGUGAUGUAGGGGGGUAUUGGCAGCGGACACUCACAACAGAGGGCCUACGGUUUACUAAAGUGGGCGUUAUCGAGACAUUUCUUUUGUUAUAAGUAUAAGACUUUGUAAGCACUAUAUAUUAUAAAUGUAGUAAAUAAAGUAUAAUUAUACAAUGA